UCAAGCCGCCGUGUCACCGUGUGGUUGAAGUUGGUGUUUGUUACAUUCACGAACUGGCUGAUUUAUCCCGUAAUCAGUGGGUCCUCGUGUUGUUCGGUCGUUCGAUGGUGCUCCUCAUUGGAUCGAAAUAAAAGUUGACUGAAAAAGUUGUAGUCCCAGGGGGAGAGUGAAGUCGCGCGUUGUUUUGAGGACAAUUUAAUAACAUGGACGUGAGCAUUCUGCUUCAACACAUUCAGUACGCUGUACCAGUCGGUCUUGUACUUGUCUGUGCUGUUCUCGUAUUCGCUUUUGGCUUCAAAAAUGCCGAACAACCACCGUUUGCACAGCUAUCGGCGGCCUCCGAUGUCGAGCGCAAACAGGCGACUAAGAAACGCAGCAAAAUCAAGGAGAAGCGGACAACGAGUAAUCAGGGAGUGAAUGAGAAGGCCAGUCCUGCCAAGAAAGUGUCACCAGCUAAAACUGAGACGAAAAAGGCUGCCAGUAAGAGUGAGGAUGUUGAUGGUAAACUGAAGGAGAGGAAACAAGAGGAGAACACUCCUGCUGUUGUCAAUAAGAAAGAGAAGAACCAGGUUAAUGCUAAAUCUGGAAAGGAGAAUAAGGUUGAGCAGGCGAAGAACAAGAAGAAUCUCAAGAAUUUGAUUCUCGAGAAGCCAGUUGAUUUCGAUGAGGGUGACUGGGAGCAGGCACCAUCGAGGAAGGACAAGAAGAAGAAGAAGGAGGAAGAGACCCCGAAGAAGACUAAAAAAUCUAAAAAGUCUGAAUUGACGAAUGAUACCAAAGAUAAGGAGCAGGAUAAAAUUGAGAUUAAAGAUAAGGUUGCCAAGGAGACGCAGAAUAAAGAGUUGAAAGAGAAGAAUCAGAAGGAAAUUGUUUUGGAGCCAGUGAGCAAUGAGGUCGUUGAUGAACCCGAGGUUCCUGAGAUAAAGGAGGAGAUAAAGAAGGUCGAGAAAUCGGAGAAGGAUGAUAAGAAACUCGCCAAAUCGAAGAAGGCCAAGAAGAUUAUUGAUGGGGAGAAUAAUGCAGCCGUCACUGAGAAAAAAACACUGGAGAAAGUUCUGGCCCAGGGGGUUGGGGAGGUGAAGAAGAUUGAGACGGUUGAGGUGCAGAAGGUGGAGACAGUUACUGAGAAGAAAGCUCCAGUGUUCGAUGAAUUAGGAGACACAUGGACAGAAGCAAAACCCCAGAAGAAAAGUAAAAAGAAGGCACGAAAGGACAAUUGAAGCCGUUCUCCCCAGCAAAACGUAAAUUGGGAGUAUUUUCCCACAAAAAUAGCGCUAAAAAACAAAACAAAAUCAGAACAUCGAGGGAAUGAUCAGGAAUCCCCACCCGAGGUGGAAAUACGGUGGACCCUAGCCAAGCAUGGGUAAAAAAAAUAUUCGACUCAGUUUUCAACGAUCGAGUGAGUCUCUUUCAAUUUCCAUGUACAUAAAAACCUGGGUUUAAUUUUUCUAAACCCAUAGAUUCUCUUCUCUAGUAAUAACUUGUAUUACGUGGAUCGCUCAUUGAGCUAUUGUCUCUUCAAUCAAAACGAGAAAGCCAAUGAAUCAUUUGAUUGAUCAAUGUCGAGUGGUUCCUCAUAAGUUAUUUCACCCCUUCAGCAGGAUCACAAACUCGGUUGAUUAAUUUAUAUUGUAAUUGAUCGAUGGAAAUACAGAUGUGCCAAGAAUGGACAGUAUCGUGUCAGCACGGUGGUAAUCACGCUCAAGAAUAAAAGAAUAAUUCUUUAUUUUCAAAUAAACUGAAGAAUUAAAAACACUGUCAUGCAUUCUGAGCCAAAUACAUUCUCAUUGAUAAAGGUCAAUUUAUAAAAGCAACAGAUAUCUAACAAAAACAUCUCAGACAAAAUUUGUUUGCAAUAUAAAACCGUUUAUUUUUGUUUCUCCGCUAGACAUUUUCAGUUUUUGCCUCUCACUCAAUUUUCAUGAAUGAAAAACGAAACAAAGUGCGGCUUUACACAUAAAAUAAUGACACUAGUUGUUAAAUUAAAUAAUAAAAAUAUAAAUCAUUGUAUUUUAGUAUGAAAAAUAAAUGAAUAAUCGAUACCCUUGCGACAAGUGGUGAUAGUUUACGAUGCGGGUAUCGAUGCACUAUCAAUGCAUUAGCAGGAGACGAUAUAUUUUGGGUAGUUGUACCAUUGAUUCAUGGGCUGCUAUUAUCGUAUGAAUUUAUUGUAACUGAAUAAGAGAAACUACUGUAAGCAUCAAAUUGCACAUUGUGUUGUUGAAAAUCGUAUUUUACGGGAGAGGGGCUACAAUGGUCUACUUCAAUCGUCAAUAUUUCGAGAUUGGCAGAGUAAAAUUCAAACAUCUUUUUUUUUUAUUUUGAAGCCCUCAAAAUGAAGCUCGACUCGCCCAAAUCGAAUCACUGGGUCGGGAGAUAUUGACGAUUUAGGUAGAGUGGUCUUACUCCACCCCCGUGUGAAAAGACAAUUCAGUACAUGUUAUGUGAUAGGUGUACCUCGAAUAUGUUCUUAUUAAAAAUAGUACAUCUCACCUGAUGCUCUCGAAUAUCUCCGGAAUCACGAUAAACUUGUAAACUCUUCAUCACUGGUAAUACGUGUUGAUAUUAUUAAACAUGAUGACAAUUGCAUUCAGCUGCAUGUUCUGGAAAUAGUACUUAAGAUAUGUCAGAAAGAAAUAAUGAUCAUUAAACAGAGAGAGAUGAGAGAAUAGAGAACUGAUGUGUGAUUUGUUGAUGUAAAAUUUUCUCAAUUAUUUGGAUUUAGACUAUUUUUAUAAAGAUUAAAAGAGAUGAUAUUUCAGAUCAACGAUAUAUUUAACAAUUCGACAGGGUUUCAAUUCAAUUGGGCCUGAAUAUGUUGUAAAUUGUUGGAGGGAAUGGGAUAAAGGAAUGUCAUAUUUUGAAUAAUAACAUUUGUAAAUAAAUUAAUGUAAUGGGGUAAUAAGUGCUGAUAAUAAUGGGGAUUAUUGAUUGUAAUGUACAUGUCUUGUAAUUGCCAAUGAAUCACGGCCUAAAUCCGUGACGCUUUUCUCUGGAAAAUUGCGUGAAUGUUCACGUCCUUUAUCGAAUUAGUUAGGAUAAGGGGAUUAAUUAAAGGGGUGGUAAUUAUAUAAAUUGCAUGGCGUUGAGGGAAUAAUUGCCAAAAUGACAUAGUCGUAAUGUAUUCGAUUCUUCAGGACGGGUGAUUAAUUAAACAAAUGAGGAAUAUUGAGGAUUAUUAGGUAGGAUCGCAUAAUUGUUGUUGUAAUUCUAUGAAUAUUAUAUUUGUAUAUAUGAUCAUUAUAUAUGAAUAUUAUAUUUGUGUACGAUGCAUGGUUUUUUAGUCUUCAAUUUAGAUGCCUGGGUAGGGGGAGGCGAUUUAUUCGACUAUUUCAAUAAAGACUAUUGUAUAUUUUUUCAGCAUUUACAUAGUGGUCCUGUUUCUUUGGCUAUUUUGGGGGAUUUUCCGGUGGUAUUUUGGGUAAUGCAAGUGUCAUUAACAGUUUUUUUUUAAUCGUAGAAUUUUUGGAGGAAAUUGUGAGGGAGGAAUUUGGAAGAUGAUUUUUUGGGGAGAAAAUGUUCUCAAUUAUCCAACUUUCUCAAUCAUUUAUGUGCCCACAAGCAAUUUUGAAUGGGAAGUGAAGUUUAAAUUUCGAAGAAUUUAAACAAUGAAAUUACUGGAGAAAAUUGUGGAAGUACUUGAAUAUCUUUGAAGUGCAUGAUGAUUGUAUCGUUUAUUUGUUUGGGACCAUCUGAGGAAAUUAUGAUCAAAUAAAGAAAAGAAGAAUUUGAA